AUGAUGAAUCUGAAAUUGACAGUGAAGUUGAAGAAGAGCAAAUCAAGAUAGGCCCUGUAAAGAAACCUAGAGUAUCGGAAAUACUUCCUGGAGUCAUGCAAACUAUACCACAUAUCCCCGUCGCUUCUUAUAUGAAUCCUACGUAUAUAGCGCCUUCUAUUGAGCCAAUAACACCUAAAAUUGUACCACCGGUACUUUCUGAUGCAUAUUCUAACCAACCUCCAACUUUAGAAUCGCCAGUACAAUAUCCUUCAACUUCAAAAUCUGAAGUAUACACCAAUUCAUUUCCAACUGAAACCAAAUCAGAGGAAACUGCAAAUUCACUAGUUCAACAAGCAGAAUCACCACUAAAUUGUAUAACGUUAGAAGAAAUUAAUAGUAAUAAGAUGCUAGAAGAUGGAUUGAACAAGAUAUCGGCAAUGAAAAAUUACGAACCUGGACGACCCAAUUCAACUUUAUAUAUUAAGAAUUUGGCCAAAAAGAUAAAAAAAGAAGAUCUAGAAUAUAUCUUCGGGAGAUAUUUCCAUUCUAAAAGUCAAAUGGAUAUCCGAUUACACUCGAGAGGACAAGCGUUCGUAAUAUUUUCGGAUGAAGAAACGGCAUCUCGGGCUUUAAAUGAGGUUCAUGGUUAUAUUUUACAUAAUAAACCCAUGGUUAUUCAAUUCAGUAAUAAAAUUUCUUGA